AUGAAACAUGGAACGCUGGUGGUGCCCGUGGACCGUGCGCGUGAGUUUAUUGAUCUGAUAGGCAGAAAUACAAAGAUGCAGUUCGAGGACAUGAACGCCCGGGACAUGCAUCGCCCGUAUAAAAAGUACAUCCAAAGGAUAGAUGAAAUGGAGAGGAUCAUACGUUUUCUGGAGGAAGAGCUGACGAAGGUGCCUGGUGCAUCGCCGGUAAGGCACAAUGUGGAUGCUUUUUUGGACCACAGCGAUGAAUACAAGUUGGACGAUGUAGAGUCAAAACUACACAAGAUGCAUAAGGAGUUCAUCCAGUUCAAGGAGAACAAUGGGAAGCUCCUGGAGCGUCGGAACGCUGCACUGGAGGAGCGCUACGUGGUGCAGACCGCCAUGGCCUCCAUGGCACACGUGGCCUCCUCCCGGUCAGUGAGAAGUCCGGAGGACUGGGAAGCACCGAGAAGCCUCGAGACGAUGUUCAGCAACAUUGCAGGGGUGAUCCAUCAAGAAGAGCAGGACCGCUUUGCCCGCAUGCUUUUCAGAGCCACACGAGGCAAUACCUUCACCCACUUUCAGCAGAUAUUUGAGCCGAUGCGAGACCCAAAGACAGGUCGGCAAGUGCACAAGUCGGUAUUUGUGAUCUAUUUCCAAGAUCAUCGCAUGGGAUCUUCCGUGUCUGCAAUGAGCGAGAAGAUCAACAAGAUUUGCAGCUCCUUUGGGGUGAAUACUUAUCGAUGGCCCAGCAGCCGAAGUGCCGCAGAAGAGAUGGCGACAAAAUUGAAGGCGCAGGUGGAGGACCAAGAAAAGCUGUUGAAAGCCCAUGAGCACUUCGUGAAGAGCGAGGCUGCCUCCUUGCUGGAACCCGUGGACCGAAAUAGAGACUCCCUCAUUGAAGAGUGGAGGCUGUUCUGCAUCAAGGAGAAGUCCAUCUAUGCAACAUUAAACCUUUUCGAAGGCAACAUGAAUUUGAGGGCCAGCUGCUGGUAUCCUGAGGAGGACGAGGAUCGGAUCCGGGCAAUGUGCAUCCAGAACAGCUCAUCGCAGCAUGGACAUUCCAGUGCCAUGUUGGUGCCUGACAAGAUUCCUCCUCGGAAAUCACCGCCGACCUACAUAAGAGUCAAUGAGUUCACGGCCAUAUUUCAGGUUCUAGUGGACACCUAUGGGCUUCCGAGAUACCAAGAGGCCAACCCAGCGCUCUUUACAAUAGUGACAUUCCCAUUCCUUUUUGGCGUCAUGUAUGGCGACAUUGGACAUGGUCUAAUGCUGCUCUCGGUCGGACUUUAUGCAGUUUGGAAGUCGGACGAGUUGAAGUUCAGCUUUCCAGUGAUGCACGAAGGACGAUACAUCUUGCUGAUGAUGGGUAUUUUCGCAGUGUAUGCAGGCUUUCUGUACAACGACUUCUUCUCGAUUGGUCUGAGCCUUUUUGAGUCUCGCUGGACCCAGCCGGCCAUCUCCCCGGAGAAGAAGCCUGGAUCAGUGGUAGCGAUGCAGCCAACAUUUGACCAUGAGAAUCGAGGAGGGCCUGGUCCAUAUCCUUUUGGCCUAGAUCCUGCUUGGCACGGCGCACAGAAUGAGCUUGUGUUCUUGAAUUCCAUGAAGAUGAAGUUGGCAGUGGUCCUUGGGGUCACUCAAAUGCUGGUGGGUUUGUUUCUGCGCUUCAGCAAUGCCAUGUAUGAGAAAAACAAAGUCGACUUUGCGUGCGAAUGUGUACCAAUGAUGAUUUUCAUGAUUAGCUUCUUCGGUUUCAUGGAUUACAUGAUUCUCUACAAGUGGGUCACUCCUAUGGCGAACCCUCCCAGCAUCAUCAACUCCAUGAUCGCAAUGGCGAUGUGGUCGGAGGACUCCAACCCAAUGUUUGGUCAUAUCCUGCCGCAGAUACUUAUGGCGGUUUGUAUGUUGGCAGUCCCCUGGAUGCUGAUUCCCAAGCCCAUCAUCCUGAAUCGGCGACACCAGGCGGAUAUCCAGCCAUUUCAAAGAAGCUGCUUGCUUGCCUUGAAACUGCCAGGUGGGCAUAUGUCUUUAGAUGAGGAGUCUUUGCUUUCCGAGGAAGAGGAAGAGGAAGAGUUUGACCUCAUGGAGUGCGUAAUCCAUCAGGUUAUUGAGACCAUCGAAUAUGUCUUGGGCACUGUGUCUCAUACAGCAUCCUAUUUGCGUUUGUGGGCGCUGUCCUUGGCUCACCAACAGUUGUCUUUGGUCUUCUUUGGAAUGACUAUGCUGGGAGGAAUGUCUGCUCCGUUUCCGUUGAAUAUCUUCACCACGUACUUUGCCUUUGGCUCAUGGUUUGGUAUCACUGUUGGAGUCCUCUUGGGAAUGGAUGUCAUGGAGUGCUUCCUCCAUACUUUGAGACUUCACUGGGUGGAAUUCCAGAGCAAGUUCUACAAGGCUGAUGGAUAUGCCUUCGUUCCCUUCUGCCACAGGGAUAUCCUGCACAAAAAGACGGAUGAGUAG